CAAUGUCACAUAGUUGUCUUGGACUCGAGUAAGGACAAUGAAGCAAACUUUGCAUAAUCCACAUAUUCCAUUGUCACGUGAACUCCAAUAUUCUCUUAUUUCCACACAUACAAAAACACUUACUCCAGAAACAAAAAAACUACCCGUAAUCUCAAAUUCCAAACCGAAAGAUCCAAACCAGAAAACACAGGUUUGAUAGAUGGAAAGGCUAGUAGAAGUGUGCGAACCAGCAGAGGUUCGGAUAGAAUUUGAACUGAACUGCAAAUGCCGAACCACAAUACAGCUACGUUCUCUAAACCCAACCACACCAAUGGCUUUCAAGAUCCAAACCUCAUCACCCAACAAAUUCCUAGUCAACCCACCGAGUGGACUCAUUCCCCCUCUCUCCUUAACCACUUUCCAAAUCAUCCUCAAACCACAACCCCAUCUCCCUCGUUCCUACCCUCGUUCACCCUCCGACCGUUUUCUCAUCAAAACCGCUGAGUUCGUUAACUCGUCCGGUUCAACUCACCCCGAUUCAAUCAACUCGUGGUUCGCCACUCGGCCUUAUGGUUUUUCCACUUAUGAUGUUAAACUUAAAGUUGCUUUUAUUGGUCCUCUCCUUCUAUGCAACGCCGUUUCUCGAGGUGAUUUUGAGUGUGUUAGGAGUUUGAUUAAACGGCAGCGUUCGGUUUUAUUGGAUUUGAAUUCGGUUGAGUCUGAGUCGAUCCUACGAAUUGCUACUGAGUUGGAUAAUCCGGAUGAUAUGGUUCACCUUUUGCUUGAAGCUGGGUUGAGGAUUCGUGAGACCGUUGGAUCGGAGGAUUUUAAGGGUUAUGGUGAUGUACACGUGGCGGAUGGGAACAUUGCUUGUGAUGAACUACAUGUGGAGGAUAUAGAGCAAGGAGAAUUGGUGUUAGAGGCUUCAAGGCAAGGAAAUGUGAGGGAACUCGAGUCACUAUUGCGAAGAGGUGUGAAUUUCAACUACCGUGAUCAUUAUGGUUUAACACCACUUCAUGUUGCUGCAUUUAAAGGGCACAAGAAUGUAGUGUUGAUGCUUAGUGAGGCAGGAUUGGACUUAGAAUGUGAAGAUGUUGAAGGUCAUGUGCCCUUGCAUAUGGCAGUGGAGUGUGGUGAUAUUGAGACCGUUAGGUUAUUUGUUGACAAGGGUGUGAACCUUAAUGCUAUGAAUAAGAGGGGUGUCACACCUUUGUACAUGGCUAAAGUUUGGGGAUAUGAUGAUAUAUCUCAGUUGCUUAUUAGCAAAGGUGGGUUGUCUACCCUUUCUAUGACUUUAGCUUAAAAUUGUAUUUUUUUUUUGUCAUCAACUAUAUUAUAUAUGAAAAUUGUUGAAAGUAGAUGAUGGUGAUGAGACAAUUGAUAAUGUACUUGUUCACAUGUGUAAACCAUAGGCUAAUAUUUUUUUUUCCUUCUUUCCCAUAUGUUCCACUAUGCUUAAACGAAAGAGCUGUAUAUCUA